CGGGAAAUUAGAACUAAAUCGAUACCCGUGUGAUCGAACAUCAAAAUAAACUCCAUGGACCAGCCAGUGGAGUCAGUGGCCGAGUGAACAGUAUGGAGAGCAAUGUGGAGGAAGAGCUGAAGACUACACUGCACUAUGAUGACAAGGAGAAGCUACGCAGGAAGUUGGUACUUUUACAAAGGGAAUAUCUCAGAACAGCUCAGAAACUACAGCGUGCUGAGCGUUUGGAAGCAGUGCGUAGCCAUGUGAGGAGCAGGAUCACACAGCAGAACCACCAGGACCAGAGGGACCCAGAGGUGACAUCUAACCCAUGUCACAACCCAUCGUCAUUGACAGUGAACACCGCCAAUGCCUCAGCCCAAGGUGUACUCCAGUGCCAGGGACAGACUGAGGGUCUCGAAGAUUCUGAUAACUUCAGGAGGAGUCAGGUGAUCAGGUUCCUGCUCCCCUCUGAUGCUGCCUGCCCGCAAACCCCAGAUCCCAGCCAUGACUCAGGUAGAGGUCACAGACCCAGUCCUGCCCUGCGCCUCAGGUCUCGGCGCAGCCGCCUGCGGUGGGAAAGGAGGAGUGCUGAGACUGGCAGGAUCACAGACAGCAGUCAAGAAGGACAGGAGCAGAGUGAAAGGGGGGAGGGUGCUACAACAGAAGGAGAGGAGGAGAAAACCAAGUCUGAGGGAACAGAGGUUGUGAAUGAAAAUGAAGAACCAUUUUCUGCCUCAGAGUCUGAGUCUCCCUCUCUGCUGCUUACACACUGGAACACACAUGCAAACACUGAAACAGGAGAUAUGGAGGGAAAGGAGAUGCAAGGAGAUCAUGAACAAAGGGGAAAAGAAAGUGAGUUGAGAGCUGAAGGGAAAAAUGAAUCAGAUGCAACCUCUUUGCUGUUGAGUUGUACAAACUCUGCUAUACAGACUGAAGAAAGGGGACAAGAUUGUACACUGAGUGAAAUAGGAAGUGAGACAGAGGGAGGAGACGAUGGUGAGAAAGGAAGAGGACAGAGAGAAAUAAUGCUUUGUGAACAGAACAGUAAUAAAGACGAGCAAAAUGCAGCAGAGAAAAUUGAAAAUGAAAAAGGGCAUGAUAACACCACGGAAAUAAAAGAAGAAAAGACUGGGGGUCUCUUGGACUCCUGUACCUUAGUGGAGGGACUGCUUUUCCCAGUGGAGUACUAUGUCCGAACCACAAGGCGUAUGACAUUCUCACAGAGUCAGCCUGAUAUGCAGGCCGUCAUAUUGUCCCAGCUGAGCAUGGGACGACAUCGCAGGAGCCGGGGCCGUGGCCGUGGCCGUGGCAGAGGAUUGAACAGGCACACACUCACCAAUGAAUGUUCAGAUCAACACACUGAGACAGAUUUCUCCUCCCUGACAGCUGCAUCUAUAGAUCCUUAUAAAUCAUCACACAUGCGGACUGUUGAUGCAUCUGCCGACCUUACUGGCAACAGUGAGAGCUCCAGCGAGAUUUCAAAUAUAAACUCUCCCAGUCAGACUAAUGUGGAUGUUUUUUCAUCCCCUGCUGUCAGCACCACUCGUCCAGGGAGAGGAAGGAGGAGAAAAAGAGGCAGGGGCAGAGGCAGAGGAAGAAGCCAGACCCCACGGUCCCCUCUUAGUUUAGACACCCAUCAAACAGUCUUUGAACAAACCUCAGAUGAUAACCAGCCCACCAGCAUCCUGGUCUCUUCCUCCCCGUCUCUCCAUGGAGCUGAUGGACCAAAGCCUUGUCUCGCUCCCGGGGAACCUGUUCUUGUGCCAGAUGAUCCCCAGCCUGUGUCCACCCACAGCACAACUACCCAGCCUUCCUCUGGGGUUAAUGGAGCUGAGUGCAGUGCUGCCUCUGGACAUGUGGAGAAGGUCUAUCCCAUCUUUCUGAAGAGCAGUGGCAGGACAAACACAUCCACACAGACGAGCAGAAGUUCAUCGAGCUGGCGAUCUCUCCUCUUGCCUUCCUCUCCACCUGCACAAACAAUUCUUCUUCCUCUGCCGUCUCUGUCCCCUGGCCUGCUGGUCAGCAACUUGAUGAAUUUUGACAUCCACCAAGAUUUUCAUCUCCCUGAUGACCAGUUUGCCUCCCUGAAGUUACACAAGCUUCGCCAAGUCGCUUUGGAAUCAGGAGUUGAACAUUUUACAGCCCCCUCUUAUAAUACUCGUAGAAGCAACCGCCACUCUCACCCUCGCUACAGCACCAGUGACCCAGUGAUGCCACUUCCUCUCCCACUCAGCCUCACACCCACGAUUACAGAUUCAGAGCAGCCAGCUGCAGGAAAACAAGCUGCUACACAGUCUGCAGACUUCCAAAACUUGAUGAUGAACCACAAGCUCGCAAGCCAGUCCUUAGCUGAAGAGCAAUCUAACCGAGAUAUUACAGAAACCCCUGCAGAGCAGCAGACUGAAAACCUCCAUGCAAAGACUCACACCAGCUCAACAGAACCUGUGUCUGUGGUUCAAGAGCGUGCUGCUGACUGUGUAGCUCAAACUGAAGAGCAAGAUACUGUGAGUUUGAAUAGUCAUGGCGAGAGUAGCGUCUCAGCCUGCAACACAGACACGUCCAUAGACCACCGUAUCAAACCUCAGCCUCACAUGAACUUUGCAGACAGACCUGCAGGCAAAGUGAGUGAUAAUGUUGUUGGUCAGUCAAAUGAACUUAAACAGCCUGCAUCAGAAAAACACACAGACUGUGCUGGUGUAGUCCAUCCUGUGGAGGACCACACAGACAAAGCUGUCAUCACGGAUCUUUCCUUUGAUUGCCAUCUACAGGAAACACCCGAGGAGCCUUCUAACAGCUGCACCGCUGUACGGACGUGUAAUGUCAUUGAUGCUCCAGGAGAGUCUCCUGUGAAGCAUCCGAAUGUGGAAUCUCCUGCCAAACAUCCAAACGAAUCCUCUGAACCCACAACUUGUCCUCCCAGAGACAGUUCAGUGGAAAAUAAAAAUCAGAAUAAGUCUUCACCGCACCACAGAGUCCACUCUCAGCUCCUGUUGAGCCCUCCUCUGGCCACAGCACCGUGCUCCAGCCACAUAACCCCACAUCUGUCCUCCUCUGCUAUCUUUGCCAGCCCCACACUACCCUCCCUAGGACUCACCCCCCACCCUGUUGCUGCCGGCCUUCCCCUGACCUCCUCUCCCUCUGCCCCACCUCUCACCCUGCCUCCUCCUCACAGCCCGUCAACCCAGGCCCUAUCUCCCCCGGCUCUCUCUCCCUGUCCGUCCAUCCCCUCCCUCCCUCCCAGCCAGCCUUUGGUCUCCAGUCAGAACCAGGCUCCAUCAGAACCGUCAGAUACAGCUGAUUGUGUGCGUCACAGGGUUGAACCGGCUACCUGUCCAACUGCAUCCAGCGUCCAAUCACAGGGCACGGAUCGGCAGGUGUGCCCGAGUACAGAGGAGACUGCAGAGCAACACGUGAUCAUAUGCGCACACACACUGAAGGCCCCAGCAGGAGGCUGUCUGGUGGACACAUGCUGUCUGCCUGGACCCUCAGGCGGUUUGUAUGUAGCAGCAGCAGGGAAAUGGGCAGUGUGUCUGUGGAGUCAGACUUCAGCAUCCGAUUGGAGCUUAAUACACACCUGGACCUUCAAUGACCCAGUGAUCAAUGUGUUUCCUGUCCCGGAUGCUGCUGGGCUGAUGUUUGUGACUCUGGGUCAGCUGGAAAUCAGAGAAGUGAGGCUGCUGUCGUGCUCCAGCCUCAUGCAAGUGCUGCUAUGUGAGGGGGUCGUCCAGGCUGUUGUAGGUGUGUCCAAGUCCAGAGUGGUUACCUCCUCCCACUCAGCAACAGGUUCCACCCUGCAGGUGUUUAACAUGUCAGACAACAGCAGCAUGCCAAGCUGUCAGCCUCUUGUGUCUCCUGGUGUUUGUGUCGGGGCCCUCGCGCCAGUGGAUGGACUUUCUGAUGCUCUGAUUGGCACAGAUGAGGGUGGAGGUGUCUUCGUCUGGAAUUUAAAGAGUGGACAGCUGCUGCGUAGAAUCGUCCUGGGAGACGGUUUUACACACACGGCCUGUCUCAGAGGAUACUCCUAUCAUGGAGUGUUAUUUGUCUUGCUGCAGCAUCAGUUGCUCAGCUCCCUGGAGGAAGAAGAAAAAGAGGCCAGAUUUUCAGAGCAGGAGAAAGAAGAGGAGAAGAAGAAGACCGCCUUGUUCUCCUUGGUCGCCGUUAACCCUCUGAGUAGCAAAUCUGUGCUGGCUACUCGACUGUAUCCACCCAAAGCCUGGUCCGGCAGACUAUGUGAAGCCGAUGUCAAUAGGUUCGGCGUGGUCGGUCUGAGUCAGAGCGGCUGUGUGUGUGUGUGGGAGCUCGGGCGUCGGGGGGCCUCGAGGAUGGUGUGGGCUCCUGAGAGCGAAGGCUGGCAGCUGGCUCGCUGGGGGGGACGAGACAUGCUGGUUACUGGCCAUCACAACGGAGAUGUUACUUUACACUGCUACAGUCUGAAUUCACUCUGCCUCUAAAAUAUAGACUCUUAGAUGACUUUCAUCAAACUUAAAAAAAAAAUCAAGCCUUUCUGUCACUGUAUGAAUGUUUAUAUCAAGAUUUUAACAAGGCUUCAGUUCAGAGACAGCGUUAAAAAUUUUAACAUCUGUUUUGUUUUGCUUCGCAAGGAGGUUCUGUGGCUCGGACAUUGCAGUUUGACAAAAUAUAACUUUCAGUAACAGGAUUGUCUCCAGGCCACAGUACUGCUAAAAUAUGGGGAUUAAUAUACUGUAAACUAAAUAUAUCCCAUAAGUUAGUGGCCCACUUGACCUAAGCUUUAUUUAGAACCUCAGUAAGACUGAACCGUUAAAGCUGGAGUGCUGCUAUAUUAUACUAGAUUCCCUCCAGCCUUUGGAUUUGUUGUUUUUAGAACACCAGUAUCACACACUGGAUAUCUCUUAACUGAACCUCUUUGUGGGGCAAUGUCUACUAGAUGGUGAAUUUUCACUUUUUAGACCACUGUAACCCCCAACCUGAAAACCAACCUUGUGUUUUAUUACCUUUGCUGUUUUGACUGUUCUUUGCGUAAUUGCCUACAUGUUGUUAUAUUUGUUAUAUUUAAAGAAAAAGAAGUGUUGCCAAACUUUGUUUUUUUUAUAAUUGACAUUAAACGUCUGUGGUUUCAGUGUUUAUUUUUAGUAUUUUUGUGUGUGUGUGUGUGUGUCUGUCUCUGUAUUUACAAUGCUUUUGUUGUCCAAAACCAUUAUAUAGCAAUUUUUCCGUUUAAGAGGAUUAAGAGUUUGGAAAUGCUUUUUCUCAUUUGAAAAUGUAUGAAAUGAGUGGAUGUACUCGUGCAGGCUUCCAGCACUGAAUUAUCUCCCACUCUGAAGUAGAGUGUGGAAAUGUGGAGUAGGUUUGCACAAGUCUGUUGGGUGAGUGUUUAAGUGUAAUCAUCACUUCAUGAUUAAAGGAAACUAUUAUCUAUUUUGCC